CUGAGGUCUAAGAGUGUGAGUCUCGGAAGCUGGGGGACAAGCACAGUACUCUCUGUACCCUCACCCUGGUCACUCCGCUGCUAGCACAGCCCCAGGCUAAGAGCAUGGACAAGCUGCUGCUUUGGGUCUUUGCCCUUGCCACUCUCCCAGGAGCCUUUGCUCAGACAGACCUCAGCGGGAAGGUGCUUGUGUUCCCUCAAGAAUCUUCUACUGACCACGUGACCUUGACUCCAAAGCUGGAGAAGCCUCUGCAGAGUUUUACCUUGUGCUUCCGAGCCUACAGCGACCUGACGCGUGCCCACAGCCUCUUCUCCUACAAUGCCCAGGGCAAGGACAAUGAGAUCCUGGUCUAUAAGGAAAGAGUUGGGGAGUACUCGCUGUACAUUGGAGGAACCAAAGUCACCUCCAAAGUUGCCGAACAGUUCCCCAGCCCCACGCACAUCUGUGUCACCUGGGAGUCUUCUACCGGCAUUGCCGAGUUUUGGAUCAAUGGGAAGCCACUGGUGAAGAAGGGCCUGAAGAAGGGCUACUCAGUGGCAACCCAGCCCAAGAUCAUCCUGGGGCAGGAGCAGGAUUCCUAUGGAGGGGGGUUUGACAAGAACCAGUCCUUUGUAGGGGAGAUUGGGGACUUGUACAUGUGGGACUCUGUGCUGUCUGCACAACAGAUCGUGUCUGUGCAGCAAGGCUCCUACCUCCUUGAUCCCAACGUCCUGGACUGGAGUGCUCUGGACUAUGAGAUGCAAGGCUAUGUCGUCAUCAAGCCCCUGGUCUGGGACUGAGGGCUUGAAUCAACAGGAUCCCUCAAAAAUGAAAUGACCAAUGAGUAAGGAAUCUGCUCAAGACAAUGCCAUGUGAGAUCCCAUAUCCAGAGCGCUUUCUUCUUUGAAUUUCCUGUCUACAUGUUGCCGAGUAAAAAAGUAUGUUGUAUCAUG